AUGCCGUCGCACGCCGCGGCCGCUCACGGACAGGUGAUCGAGUACAUUCAAGAUCGCCUGUACCUCGCCUCGUACUCUUCUGCGCCAGACCCCAACACGCCGUUUCCGUUCCCCUCACAGCAGGCAUCUUCUAGCAAGCGAACGGCCAAGGCUCCUCAGAGUCCGGUGAAAGUCGCCAAGCGCAAGUUUCCUGUAUACUUUACCGUCGACGAUACCCUCCUGUAUAACGCCUUCCACGCCGACUUUGGCCCCCUUCAUAUUGGUCACCUGUACCGCUUCGCCGUGCAUUUUCACGAAAUCCUCGGAGACCCAACAAAUUCUGAUAAGCCCGUCGUGUUCUGGAGCAGGCCCGAUGCUCGAAGUCGUGCAAAUGCGGCCUGCUUGGUCGCCUGCUAUAUGGUGCUGAUUCAAUCGUGGCCGCCGCAUUUGGCCCUUGCGCCUAUUGCCCAAGCCGAUCCUCCAUACAUGCCAUUUCGCGAUGCUGGUUACAGCCAGGCCGACUUUGUUCUUAAUAUUCAAGAUGUUGUAUAUGGUGUGUGGAAGGCGAAAGAAGAAGCCCUUUGUGGCCUGAAGGAUUUCAGCCUGGAAGAAUAUGAACGAUAUGAGCGUGUGGAUAUGGGGGAUUUCAACUGGGUAACCCCUCACUUCAUCGCUUUUGCGUCGCCACAACAGGAGCCCGUUGCACCCAUUCCUACCAACUCCGCCAAAUACGCUGCGCUUCCAAAGUCAAUUUCAGAAGUGAUGGCUUCGCAGCUCCCGCAGCCUUUCAAGAACGUACUCGCGCACUUUUCGUCUCGGGACGUUGGCCUAGUCGUCCGUUUGAACUCGGAACUCUACUGCCCGUCGUAUUUCACGGCCCUCGGUAUCGAGCAUAUAGACAUGAUCUUUGAAGACGGCACGUGUCCUCCUUUACCAUUGGUUCGACGAUUCAUCAAAAUGGCCCACGAAAUGAUUACCGUGAAAAACCGGGGAAUUGCUGUCCACUGCAAGGCUGGUCUGGGUCGCACCGGCUGCCUCAUCGGUGCUUACUUGAUUUACCGAUAUGGGUUUACCGCAAACGAGAUCAUCGCUUUCAUGCGAUUCAUGCGUCCUGGCAUGGUUGUCGGGCCACAGCAGCAUUGGCUUCAUCUCAACCAAGGCUCUUUCAGAGAAUGGUGGUUUGAGGAUACUAUGCGUGAGAAGCUUGCCCUGGCUGCGCCAGUCACACCCGGCCGCCAAACCACCAAGCAAAGACCAAGUAAUGGACAGACGGUAACUCCCCCCAACGGUAACCAACGAAGAUCAGCGCUCGGCGUAAUCGAUCAUAACGAGGGCGGAGCGCCUUGUGCCGAUGAGAAUCUGCCCGCGCCAACCCCCGGUCAACCGCGCAAAUCUCAUCGCAAGGAUUCUCGCCAUCACCCAUAUGCCCGCAAUGUGUCGGGCACUUUAGCUGUCAGUAACGAGGGGGAUAAAACUUCCGAUCGCAACACAGUUCGACGCUCUCAGCGUGGAGGCACCGAGGCUAGUGAAAGUGACGAGGAAAUCCAGAUGCGCAUGCUAGCUAAGCGGACGUCCAGGUCGCCUAGUGGCUCACCCGCACGCUCAAUCAGCUAUUCGGCUACCGUCACCGCUAGCUAUGAGUUACACGAGGACAGGGAAAACUGGGUGGAAUCCGGUGCGCCUGCACAGAAGACUCCCAGCAGUGCCAAGGUUGGCAUUCCCCUCAGCAAAAUCCGCUCCAGUCCUCGUCGAGUGACAGACAGUAAGAGUGAGACCAAGGGUGUUCGCAAAAUCAGUGGCCGGGUUGGCAGUGUUGGCACAUCAUCCCCAACGAGAGUGAAAUGA